AUGUCCUCCAUCCUCUCCGUCCCCCCUCCCGGCGCCGUUCUCACCGGCAAGCAAGAGCAUUACCUCAAACGUGAGCUCCUCUCCGAACAGACAGUCUGGGAGGUGCACGAACUCUCCCACCCCACCGCCCUCCAACGCUUCGGCGCUCCCUUCCGCUCCGACGCUGGCGAGGUCCCGCCCGAAGACUCCGAACUCCCCCUCCUCCGCUACAUCUUCGUCCACCACGUCCGCAACUUCCCCUUCCUCAAUCAAGCGCGGGAGAAGGAAUUUUGGCAGGACAAGCUGCAGGUGUUCCUCGAAAGCUUCGCCAACAAGCACAUCAGCUCCUCGGAAGAUCGGCUCGAGCAGACUAAGAGAUCCAAGCUGGCGCUGAAGGCGAAGAAGCUGGUCGAGUUGAUGAUGGUUUCGGGAAUCCCGACCGCUUCCGGGUAUGAAGAGCGCAUUCGCUUCUCCGAGAUGGAAGUGGUGGAUAGCGGGCCGAAUGAGCAGGGCUUGGUGGUGAAUGUGCCGCAGGGGCAUGAUAUUAAUGGUUGGGACGUCAAUGUUGCCGGGGUGCGGCAGGUGAGUGUGAAGCGGCAUGUCCGACACCACCAGCAUGCCUCAUUUCUACUUCGCGUCAAGAGAGGAGACGAAAAGGAGCGGUAUGUGAGUCGGAGGUUUGGCGAUUUCCGCCGUAUGCAUAAGAAGCUGCGGGCGGAGAUUCCGGGCAAGGUACUGCCUCCAUUGCCACACAAGAACCGCUCGCACUCCUUCUACAGCUCCAAGGACGAUAGCGAUGACGAUGCGGACAGCGUCGAUUCAAUCUCUACCCAAGACACUGGAAAGUCCGAGGUACAUGGCGACGAGCCCUCAAGCUACAGUUUCCGCUCCUACCUCUCUUCCUGGACCGGAGGUGGCGCUCGCAGCCACUCUCGCAACAACUCGCGCGCAUCGCUUGGAGGCGGGACCAACUCUCCUCGCAACUCAUUCUCGCCGUCCCAUGGCGCCAGCUCCCCGCGUGCAUCCGCGUCACCGGCACCGGCUCCCGCGGUACUCUACAGAGAAGAGCAGCGAGUGUCACUGCGCGCUUUUCUUCGCAACUUCUUACAAAACGAAGCAAUCGCCAACUCACAGGCCAUGUACGACUUCCUGACCGCCAAACCAAUCAGCCCCACGCGAGAAGAACUGGACGAUAUUGAGCGGAGGAAAGAAAUGGACGAGAAGCGGCUGGAAGAGCAACGGCGAUUCUUUGAAGUCGCUCGCGAGCGCGCACGCGAACUUGAUGUGCACAUGGAGACAUUCCGGCGCAAAGUCAUUGAGCGGAACGGACUGCGUGAUCUCUUCACCGAAAUCAAAAGAAAGGAUAAGCUUGCCGAUCUGGACCCGGAGUAUCGAAAGUUUGCGGAGUGGGUGCGCAUCGAGGUGGCCGCAACACUGUACCAUCUCUUCCUCGCCGAAGACAACAGUCCCGACAUGUUUGCGCAGGCGAAACGCAUUCAUUCCUUGGUUCCGUAUACAGCACUGAAGCAGGUCAUUCGCUUCACGAACCCCGCGGCUGUGAUGACUUCUGUGCUGGAUUUGUUCAUGGCCCAGCCUCUCGGUGCCAGGAGUUUGCUGCAACGUAUCUUCGGCCUGGCGCUCGGCGAUGGCAUUCGCGGUAUUCAACGUUCCAUUGACGCUCUGACCGCCAAGAUUGAUGAGCCCAUUCUGUGCGAGAAGAUUAAGAACUACACCAUGGCGGACGAAGAUAUGAAGCACUCGAUUCGUGAGGAAGCGAUGCAGGAACAGACCGACCUGCUUGUCAAGCUCCUACAGACCGAGGAAAUCCAGCCCGAACUAGAGCCGGAGAAGAUCGGACAAGUCUUCAACGCAUGGGUGGCGUGGGACAAUGCCGUCGAGCACGUCGACGCCGAGAUGCGGCAGGGCGCAGAAUUAUACGCACAACUAAAGUCACUCCUCAAACUCUACACGCGCCGGCGCGACAAGCAGAUGAUGCUGGAAAUGGUCGAGGAGGCCAACACGCUCCGCCUCUUCCGCGACCUCUUCACCAUCUUCUACGAACCGCUCGUGCGCGUGUACAAGAGCGCCAACGUGUACAACUCCGUCACAGACUUUGCCCGCUUCGCCGACGACGCCAUCGCGACCAUCGAAAAGGCACAGCGGCAAGACAUCUCCGCCGACCCCAACCAGACCGUCCAAUCCUUCAUCGACCUGUGCGCGCGCCACGAAGAAGCCCUCUACAAAUUCAUCCACGAAGUCCACCUGCACGACAACGGCCUCUUUGACAAACUCAUGACGUGGAUCGAGGGCAUUCUCGACUUUUUGCGCAACGGGCCCAAAGGCGGGAAGUUGGAUAUGAACGCCCUCUUCCAGGGGGCGGUGGAGAUGCACCUCGUCGACCGCGAGGCCGCCAUCCGCGAAAUCAACAGUCUGAUCAAGUGGCAGACGGCGCGCAAGCGUUGGCAUCAGGACAAAACGCGGCAGAAGAUGGCUUCGGGCGAUGAUCCUGCUGCGGCGGCGGGAGGGGAGAUGAAUGGGCUCGCGAAUACGUUCAAACCUGGCGAUUUCGGGCUCAACGCGAUGGAUUUGCAGGAUAUGGAUCUCGGGGAUGAGUAUGAUGAUGAUGGGUUGAGCGAGAGCGAGGACGAAGAGGACGAUGGCGGGGACCCGAUUGCGGCGGAGCGGAAGCGCAGGCUGCGCAGGCAGGAUGUGUUGCGAAGGAAUGCGGGCGAGCCGGAGAAGCCGGGGAUUGUCGAGUUGCACAAGAUGAUGCCGCAGUUUUUGAGCAUGGUGCGGAUGGUGUUGGCUGAGGGGUAA